AACACCGAGAAGAAGAGGACGGAAGUAGCGCAGUUGUGACUCUCUUCCGCCGGCGCUAACAACAAGUGAAGCUACCAGCAGCCGAACACGGAGGCGUGAGCUCUUCAGCCAACAGCGUCGUUUAGCUUUAGCUACUAAAAGGUUCAUCAAAUUAAUUUGAAGAGGAUUGGUUUGGUGAAAUGGGAGAUCCUGCUCUAACCAGAGACUGUCCCCUUGACUGCAAGGUUUACGUCGGAAAUCUGGGAAACAAUGGAAACAAGACCGAAUUAGAACGGGCUUUUGGUUACUAUGGUCCUUUAAGAAGUGUUUGGGUCGCCAGGAAUCCACCAGGUUUUGCUUUUGUAGAGUUUGAAGAUCCCAGAGAUGCAGCUGACGCUUGUAGAGAACUGGAUGGAAGAAACAUGUGUGGCUGUAAAGUACGCGUCGAGUUGUCCACUGGGGAAAAGCGCUCUAGGAGCCGUGGUCCUCCUCCAUCCUGGGGUAGUGGUGGAGGUGGUGGUGGUGGUAGACGCCCCCGUGAUGAUGCAAGACGACGUAGCCCUCCAGUCAGACGCAGAUCCCCGAAGAGGAGGAGCCUCAGCCGGAGUCGCAGCAGGUCUGUUUCAAGAGACAGACGUAGAUUCCGUUCUCUUUCCAGAGACAAGAAUCGUAAGCACUCACGAUCCAUCUCACGGUCAAGGAGUAAUUCCCAGUCUAACGACAGGAAAUGAAAACUUCAGAGGAUUCGUCUGCAGGAUCCUGCUAUGGUUGUGGAAAUACAACAUUUUUAUAGUCACGUUUUUCUUUUUAGAUUUUGUUUGUCAGCUUGAAGCAGUUUAAGGUUAGCUUGUUACAUUUGUUGUAAUGGCAGUCUGUUAAAUUGACGACAAAAUUCUUUCUUUCCUUUUUUUGGUAUCGAAUUCACUGUUUACAUGAAUCAAAAUUUUCUUACCCUGCAUGUCAUGAAAUCAAUUACUGGAUUUAGUUUUAAGUUUCUAUCCUGUUACUUUUUAACUGCCUAACUGAAUUAAACUACAUGUGACACUUUUA